CUCCGACACCGACACCGGCACCUCGGGCAGCGGCACCUCCGAUACCGGCACCUCGGGGAGCGGCACCUCCGACACCGGCACCGGCACCUCGGGGAGCGGCACCUCCGAUCCCGGCACCUCGGGGAGCGGCACCGGCACCUCGGGGAGCGGCGCGGGCGGAGCGAUACAGGAGCGGCCGGACUGCCCUGCCCAGGGACUCUACUGGAUCUGCUGGAUCACAGAGAUUGUGUGUGAUGCUGUCCAUGGCACUGGAGAGGAGCUCUUCACAAGUGGCCUUGAUCCAUGUGCUCAUUCCCUGAUGUCCAGCUUGUUCCUUCGCGAUCUGACUCAGCAAAGUGCUCGAGGCUUGCAGCAGUGACUGAAGUCAGAAGGGACUGACUUCUGAAGAUUCCAGGCAGGAUGAAAGACCGUUUAAGUGAGCUGCGUGAAUUUGCCAGGUUACACAACCAACAGUUCUCUGAUAGUGAUGAUGAUGAAAAUUCACCCCAGGAUAUUCUCCUUUAUGAGACGGAUUAUGCCUUGGAAAUCCUUCAUAAGGACAUACAGAGCAUCCGGACAGAAAAUGACCACCUAAAAGCGGAUGUCAACCGUCUCAGAAAGCAAAACACCCGCUUCCUCACCUCCAUGCGCCGCCUUAGCAGCAUCAAACGAGACACUAAUUGUAUUGCCAGAGACAUUAAGAGCCGUGGAGAAAGCAUCCACAGGAAACUGCAGGUAAUGAGAGAUUUCUGUGAAGAUGCAAUAACAAAAUAUGGAGCUAUGUCUGUCAUUGCCAGGGUGGCGAAGAACCACUAUGUUGACCUCAUGCACACAUUUCAGGACGCUAUGUUUGAUUACAAUGCAGCAGAGAUGAACCAGCGGGAGAACUGCAAGAUUCGAAUUCAGCGGCAGCUGGAGAUCAUGGGCAAAGACGUUUCUGGCCACCAGAUUGAGGAGAUGAUUGAGCAAGGCAAAUGGGAUGUCUUUUCCGAGAAUCUCUUGUCAGAUGUCAAGGGAGCUCGUGCAGCCUUGAAUGAGAUAGAGACACGGCACAAGGAGCUGGUGAAGCUGGAAGGUCGCAUUAAAGAAGUUCACGAGCUCUUUCUGCAGGUGGCCCUGCUGGUGGAGGAACAGGCAGACACCUUUGAUGUUAUUGAGAUAAAUAUGCAAAAUGUUGAGGACUAUGUAGGAGAUGCUAAAGACCAAGUGAAAAGAGCUUUGGAAUACAGGAGAAAACAUCCCCUCAGAACAAUCCUCUGCUGUUGCAUAUCAUGUUGCAGAAGGUGAUGGUCCCACUGGAGCUAACACAGACUGACUUGAAUGUCUUCAAAAUUAGGUGUUCUUUCCAGAGACUUUUCUGUAAUGACAAGCCCUAUAAUCAGGGGGGAUAUUUUGCAGUUGGUUUUGUUCAUUGCCUGUUUACUAAAUGUGCUGAAGGCUGUUUGUAUUUAUGAACUUCUAGAAAUGUUUAUAAAACUAUUUUUAAUGUAAUUUUUAUUGAAAGGUCCUGUUACUGUAUCUAGAGGUGCAAUAUCUCUACAGUGAUACUCAUUUCAUAUUGGCAAGAAAGAAGAGUGAAUAACUUCUCCUAGGGAAUAUGAAUACUUUUAAGAAGUAACUUUAUUCUUAUUUGUUGAAGUGAGGCUGCAGGCAGUGAAGCCUUAUUGCCUGGGGCAACACAGUACACCACAGAAUCAGGAGGUUUCAGUUUUAACUAGUUUGGAGCAUGCUUGAUACAAAUUUGACAAAAUACUGAGCCUGGAGCAGGAGCAGGACACAGAACUAGUUUCUCUUUCAACUUUAUUUUCAGCUGUCUGGAAUCUUAACAGAAGUGGCUGCACCUCAAAUGAUAAUAUGCACAUUUUGCUCUAUUUGUGUGACUGCUUUUUUCCAUUCUGAGUACCCAGCUAUCUCAAGGUGGCUAAAAGCACUGCAACACUGAGGCAUCUCACUCACUUUUAGCUUAAGCCACUCUCGACUCUCAGUUUCAAACCUGCCAUGCUUUCAUGUUCUGAUGCUUUUUUCUGCCAAUUAACACUUCAUCCAGAGGAGAAACAUGGAGUGGCCUUCUGCAGAAACACCUUUAAGAAGACAACAUCUGUGGGGUUGAGGAAACAUUUUAGGGUCUCAGGAAAGCAAACAGAACUAUUUCUUCGGUAUACCUGAAGAAAAAAGGAAACAGUUUCAUGCCAUUUCAAUGCUCUUUUCAAGCUUAAAAGGAAAGUCUCCUUUUGUGGGAGUCUGCCCUUACACAAGGGCAAACCAGUAGGUUUGGAGUAUUGCAAGGAAAUAAAAAAUGUGCAGUCCUGGUAAGCACUGAGCAUCGUCAGUGGAACAUAUUCAUAGAGUCUGGUGAUUGAUCACAGCUCCUGCUUCUGGAGGUUUUCCAACUAUAUUUCUAGGUGGCUUCCUGAUACACUGUGAUCUAUUGCUAUCCUUUGAAAUAAUGCAGGACAUUUUUUCAGAUUUUUUUUUAAUUAAUCGUCCUAUUUGUACCAAUUUUAGUAAAUAUAUUUCAACAUUUCAGAUCUUUUGUAUUUGGGAGUUUUCCUCAGAUGUGCAUAGAUGUACACCUUCCUGCACCAGUUGCAGUGAAACUUCUCCCUUCUUACCUUUUACACCCUGAUUUUAUGUGGGAAGAAAAAACCCAAACAUUUCUUACUAUUUUUAGUAAUAUAACAAAACAGCAAAAUAAAUCCACUUCCAAGCUUUCAUAUCUUACUGGGAAACAAUUUUAGCCAGACAGACUUUUUUACAGAAACAGAAACUAAAGGGAUAACUUUUCUCAGAAAGAGACUGUCCCUUUUGCUGUAGCACAUGGAAGAGUGAGGAACACUGAUCUCCUAACUAUAAGAUAUUUUGAUAUUCAGUGGUGUACUGGUGAUAUCAGUGUUAUGCUUGUCUGAGGACGUCUCCAGUAAGGUGUUCAAACUUGAAGUGGGAGAAAGGAGGGUGAUGAGCUGGGACCACAGCCAGGGGCUUGGUGCUACUCAAGAAGACAAAGUUUUUUACUCUGUAGGUACUGCCAUUAAGUCAGUGGAACUGUGCAUUCCUCCAAGAGUCAGCAUGUGAGGAUAAAUCAAUGAAGAAUGAAAUACUGUAUUUCCUUUCACAUGCACAUUCCUAGCACUUGCCUAUGUUUUUGAUUAAAAUUAUGUACAUGUUUUUUUUAUGCUGGUUCCUUUUUUGCAUCUACAAAUGGAAUAAAAGAUUUAAUAAGAAAAAAUUGAAA